CUCCAAGCAAGAUUUAGGGUUUCUCAAGGAGUUUUCCUUUUUUCCCUCUCUCCCAUGUCGAUCUCUCCGAUCUCCAUCGUAAUCCAAUUCCCUUCAAUUCAUGUGACCUUCGAUUCCAGAUUCGCAAACCCAGAGACGGGUAACCUCUUAGAAAGAGUGAUAGUUUAGUGAUGAAUAUUGAGGCUAGAGUCGGUGUGGCGGUGGAUGGAGCACAGAGUGCUCUUAGUUCUGCGACCACCGUGCAUACCGGCGUUUUGGAUGCCGGAACCAUGGGUUUGUCGAAGAAGCUGCCGCAGAUUCAGCCGCAGCGGGAUUUCGGCACCUUUGAGAAUCUCCUCGCCGGAGGUAUUGCCGGCGCCUUCGGCAAGACCUGUACCGCUCCUCUAGCUCGCCUCACCAUCUUGUUUCAGCUUCAAGGUAUGCAAUCAGAAGCUGCAGUGCUGAGCAGGCCAAGUAUAUUGUGUGAAGCUUCGCGUAUUAUCAACGAGGAAGGAUUCAGAGCCUUUUGGAAAGGAAACCUCGUUACUGUAGCCCACAGGCUUCCCUACUCUGCACUGAACUUCUUUGCAUAUGAGAAUUACAAGACAUUUUUCAAUUCGAAUCCGUUCUUAGAGAGCUACAGCCCGUGUGUGAACUUUGUUAGUGGUGGCUUGGCUGGAUUAACAGCUGCUUCAGCUACAUACCCUCUCGAUCUUGUUAGGACGCGUCUUGCCGCACAGAGAAAUACAAUGUAUUACCAAGGUGUUGGGCAUGCUUUUCGUACCAUAUGCAGAGAAGAGGGACUUGUGGGUCUGUAUAAAGGACUUGGUGCUACAAUGUUGGGUGUUGGGCCAACCCUUGCAAUCAACUUUACUGUGUAUGAGGCUAUGAAAUCAUUUUACCAAUCUUCUAGGCCAGAUGAUUCAACAUUGAUUAUGAGUCUUGCCUGUGGAAGUCUAGCUGGAAUUGUUUCUUCAACAGCUACGUUCCCGUUGGAUCUUGUGAGAAGAAGAAUGCAAGUAGAAGGAGUUGGUGGGAGAGCGAGAGUGUACAAGACGGGACUCUUGGGAACAUUCAAACACAUAUUCAAGUCAGAAGGCAUCAGAGGGCUGUACAGAGGAUUGUUGCCUGAAUAUUACAAAGUGGCUCCUGGCAUUGGCAUCACCUUCAUGAUGUACGAGAGUUUGAAGAAGUUCUGGUCUCCUCCCGCCUCUUAUACUAUUUAGUUGAAAUUUUUAGUGCUUUACUAGGAGAAGAAAGGAACAACAAGUUUUGAUCUUUUCAAAAUCUUUGGUAGUAAUAUUUAACUUUUCUUACUGCCGUGAAAAAAAGAAGAAGAGUGAUGAUCAUUUUCCAGUGUAUAGGUUAGUUGCAUUUGGGUGGUAAAUACUCAAAUGCAUCAUUUAACACUGUUUUUUUACACGGUAACUCAAUUUUGUCUUGUUUCUUGGUCCAAAUUAUACACUCUUGUGAUAAUUAGUUACAGUAAGUGUUGGUUCACUUUUCCUCUAUGCUGCGUUUGUGUAUAUGUAAGGUUUCAACGCAUGACAGAAUUGUAGAACGAGGUUUUUGUUAACUUGC